ACUAGGCGGUGUAUAAAGAGAGAGACGCUGAAAUUCCCCACUGGUUUGAGCUUGCAGCUUGUUAGUCAGCAGAAGAAACUGAAACAACAUGCAAAAGCUCACUGUUCUUGCCGUUUGCUGUUCCUUGCUCUUUGUGAUUCAUGGGCAAAAACCCAGACCAUGUGUUGCACCACCCCUUUUCGAAGGCAGACUUAUAACAAUGGAUCCAAGCAAACAUUUUGAGUUUGUUGCAAGGUUCUCUUAUGAUGCUUUUUUGAAGAGAGAAAGAAUUAUAGGUAAAGUUUUUACUGCUGAAAAUAAGACGGAAAUACUGGACACAAUUCUUCUCUAUAGAAAGAGAUCAAUGUACAGCAUAUUCUAUCACAACAAAACAUGCAUCAAAAGUCCCUUGACCAUACCAUUCAGGAGGGCAGAAAUUCCCCAUGAUGCCACCUUUAUCGCACAGUUUGUUAUUGGAAGUUCUUCAUUGCCAGGGGAGGGACUGCUGGCUAAUUCCUGGACUGGUGAGGAUAAAACUCAGGGAGGCCGUUAUAUCAUGACAGCCACAGAGUUUGGAUGCAUACCAGUCAGUCUUCUUUAUAACAGCAAUGCAACUGGUUGGAGUGUCACUUCGUACUUUGACAUAAUUAACGGCAUAAAGGACCCUGAGGUGUUUAUUCCUCCAGAAUUUUGCAAUUAAUCAAGGUUAAAGAGUUAAGAAAAGAAAAUAUAACAGUGACCUUGGCAUUAAACACAAACUAUGAAUGUGAAAUGUGCUUAUAUCUAUACUUUCAAUAAAAGUUUUGUUAGUCUUUGAUAUCAUAUUUUAUGUAAGUCAAGUGUGAUUAACUCCUAUAUAGCAUGUCAAAGCAUCUGUAAUGUUCCCUUUUGUGUGUUUUUCUCUUUUUUUUACAAAAAUGAUUCUGUAUUGAUUUUUAAUAAAAUCCGAUUUAAAGUUA